AUGAAAUUAUUUAGGACCAAGCCAUUGGACGAUGCUCUGACCUUGAAGAAGACUUUCCCAGCUGAUUCUUCCGGCCACUUUCUCCACCGAGGGGGCGUUAUUGGCUCCAAAACUCGGGAUGAUGACCUCAACCGACAUCUUCCAAGCCUGGAAAAACCACAACUGAAGCCGACCAAUGAUGUACAGCAUUUCUGCAGCUUCUUUCAUCCAGUUACUUACUCCCUUCUUCAUCUCUUACCGAAGGUUUCAGGUUUGGAGCACUCAGAUGGGGCACUAUACGAACGGCGGAAGGCACUACGGUCAAUGAUCGCAGCUGACCAAGCUACCCUUGACACACUCACCGGAUAA